AUAACAAUGAUGCUGGGUUUGACCUCUGACCCUAACGCAUACGUACGUAUUGGAGCCCUCUCUGCUAUUGGUAGAUGCCUUGAGUACCCCUGUCUGAGAGAGGACGAAUGCUUUUUAGUGGACGCCACGUCAUGCCUCAUCAAAAGCUGUCGAGAUAGCAACCUGUCUGUCGUCAUGAAGGCCACUUGGUCCAUUAGCAAUCUCACCGACGCGCUGCUCCCUAACAAAGACGAGAAUAGCUACCCCAGUUCACUCCUCCUUGAACUGUACACAACAUCGUGUGACCUCUGCACGAAGAAUGACAAGACAAGGUCAAAUGCCCUAAGAGCACUCGGAAAUUUACUAAAUUUUACCCCUAAGCAAUUUAUUGAAUCAGAAAAGUUCAGGGAGGUUAUGGAUUUGAGUCUCAAACUGAUCAACAACUACAUGACAUCAGGCAGUGUCAAGGUAAGAUGGAACGCGUGUUACGCGUACGGUAAGCUGAUGAAGAACGAGUUUGCUUAUAAUCAAGUUCAUCCUAAUAUUAAGGUUAUUACAAUUUUUUUAUAUUAUUAUUAUAUUAUUAUUCCCUCUCUUUAUUUCUCUCUCUCUCUCUCUCUAUUUCUCUCUCUCUCAUAA